CGAUUCUGGUGGCUCUGGUGCCGGGAUGGCACGCUGAGCUGGUUACUCCUGGAAAGGAACCCGUUCAUACCGAGUCUCCUCUGCUUAUGCCGACAAUUAUGAUCGCUGUUCUGGCUCGUAACGCAGCACAUAGCCUCCCCUACUAUCUGGGCUGCAUCGAGAGACUGGACUAUCCCAAGGACAGGAUCGCUCUCUGGGUAGCAGCUGAUCACAGUUUGGACAACACCACAGCUAUGCUGAAGGAUUGGCUAAAGAGGGUCCAGGAACUGUAUCACUACAUCGAAUGGAGACCCCGGGAGGAGCCGCAGUUGUACGCGGAGGAGUUGGGGCCCAAGCACUGGCCCCCAUCCCGGUUCACUCAUGUGAUGAAGCUGAGACAGGCGGCCCUGAAGGCCGCGAGGGAACACUGGGCCGAUUACAUCCUGUUUUCAGACACUGACAACCUGCUGACAAACACGCAGCUCCUGACGCUGCUGAUGGCAGAGAACCUGACGCUGGUGGCCCCCAUGCUGGAGUCUCACACCCUCUACUCCAACUUCUGGUGCGGCAUGACCUCACAGGGCUACUACAAUCGCACUGCAGACUACGUCCCCAUCCGCCAGUGGAAGCGCUCCGGCUGCUUCCCGGUUCCCAUGGUGCACUCCACCUUCCUGCUGGACCUGCGCCGCCCCGCCAGCCGCGCCCUGGCCUUCCACCCGCCCCACGCCAGCUACAGCUGGGCCUUCGACGACAUCAUGGCCUUCGCCUUCUCCGCGCAGCAGGCAGGGGUGCAGAUGCACGUGUGUAACAGGGAGCAUUACGGCUUUCUGCCCGUGCCUCUGAAGCCCCAGCAGACGCUGGAGGAGGAGGAGGAGAACUGCGCCCACACCAUCGCCGAGGCCAUGAUCCACCACUCCUUGGAGCCAUCACAUUACCUGCACAUUCCCGAAAAACCCCCGGACAGGAUGAGCUUUGAUCAAAUCUUCCUCAUCAAUCUUAAACGCCGUGCUGAGCGCCGGCAGAGGAUGUUGAGGACGCUGGCUGUGCUGGGCAUUGAGGCCACCAUUACUGAGGCGGUGGACGGAAAGACCCUGAACUCCUCCCAGCUGUGGGCCCUUGGAAUCGAGAUGCUCCCAAGUUACAAGGACCCAUACUCAGGCCGGACGUUGACCCGUGGGGAGAUUGGCUGCUUCCUCAGUCACCACUACAUCUGGACACAGGUCGUGGAACGAGGGCUCAAGCAGGUGUUGGUGCUGGAGGACGAUGUGAGAUUUGAGCCCCGGUUCAAGAGCAGGCUGGGAGAUAUCAUGAGAGAUGUUAACCGCGUGAAGCUCAACUGGGACCUGAUUUAUGUGGGUCGCAAGAGGCUGCAGGUGCAGUACCCUGAGAAGCCUGUAGAGGGUGUAGUGAACCUGGUGGAGGCAGACUACUCCUACUGGACUCUGGGCUAUGCCCUCUCGCUGCAGGGGGCCAGGAAGCUACUGCAGGCCCAGCCGCUCAGCAAGAUGCUGCCUGUGGACGAGUAUCUGCCCGUCAUGUUCAACAAGCACCCCAAUCAGGAGUACCUGCAGCACUUCAGCGCGCGGAACCUGCGUGCGUUCUCUGCGGAGCCGCUGCUCCUGUUCCCCACCCACUACACGGGCGAGCCAGGCUACCUCAGCGACACCGAGACCUCCACCAUCUGGGACGAUGAAGGAGUCAGCACCGACUGGGACCGCCAGUAUGCCCAGCGGAAGCACCGGCCGCACCCGCCAGCCCACGGCACCAUGGACAGUGAGAACGUUCCACCGGGGUCUGCCGCCAACAAGGAUGAACUCUAACCUUUCACCCGGAAGGACCUGCUGACAAUGACAUGCACAGAGAUUGCAAUGACUAUCUGAUACAAAUAUACUGCACUGCCCCACAAACGCGAAACACAGUAUCUGCAUCUUUUAUCAAAGCUGAGUUGUGACCAAAAUCAAGGUUCUGUAUCAUUCACCUACCUACUACAGCUAGGGGUGGACAGUCAGAAAAUUAUGAAGCCCUGUUCUGUUUCAGUUUCAGCGUAGUUACUGUGCUUCGCCUUUGUAGGACAGUGUGCUUGGUACUGUACACAAGCUGCUGUAUUCAUACACACUAGGGGUGUAAUGGUACCCAAAAUUCAUCGUUCGGUUUGUAUGCAUAAAUCCAUAAACCUCGGUGUGUAUAGUGGACUUUAAGCCCCCCCCCCCCCCAUGCCCCCCCAA